GGUCGUUAAAGUAGCCAUUUUAUUUCUGUAUUUGAAUAUUUAAAAAAACAAUAAAAUAUUCUCUGUAUGUCAUUCUCGAGCUAUGGUGUGAAAGGAAAUCAUAUAUUUUUGUUAUUGAAGCAAGCAAAAUUGUAAUAAGUACCUACCUAUUGCAAAAAUGUUAAAAGGUUGCUGUUUAAUAUUAUUUUCAGUUUUGUCACUAACCAAUAAAGUACAUUCAGAAUUGAAAUUAACAAAAGUAGGCUCAGUCACAGAUUUAAAAGACGCAAUAGACAUAAUUAAGACUGUGCUUAAAAAUAAUAAGAAAACAGAAUCAAAUGACGAUGGUUUAAGGACAUUUAACUCUGGUGAAUGGAACUAUGAUUUCAGAGAAGUUAAUAAUGCUCAAAUACAAUUGAAUAUCAAACCUAUUGAUGAAGAGGAUCCGAAUAAAAAUCAGUUUAGAUAUAGACCCGGGUUUCCUACCAAACCUAAAACAGACAAUACAACGACAACUAGAAAAAUGACUGUACAACCAUACGCUACUGUCACCCAGCAAUUGGUGCAACACUUCUUAAGUUUUUUAAAAUAGACAGGAGUAGUUUACACCCGCUCUGCUCAGCUCCUAUUGAUCGUAGCGUGAAGUCAAAGUCAAAGUCAAAAUUAUUUAUUUCAAAUAGACCGAGAAGGCACUUUUGAACGUCAAAGCAAAUCAUCAUCAUCAUCAUCAGCCUAUAGCAGUCCACUGCUGGACAUAGGCCUCCCCAAUUGUUCAAUUCCAAAGCAAAUAUUACAAUAUUAAAAUAAAAAACAAAAUGUCUGUCUGUCGGUCGGUCCUCUAGUUGCUCUAUUUGAUCGUUCCAAAGUAUAGAUUCCUAUGGAGAAGAACGAGCAAGAUAUUUUAUAGCCUUCCUCAAUAAAUGGACUAUUGAACACAAAAAACACCAGUGGCGUUACAAGUGCGUUGCCGGCCUUUUGGUGGUUAGGAAUUUAAGGGUUGUUGGGGAAUCGGAGAUUGGGAAAAUUGGGAAGGGGGAUUUGGGCCUCAGGUAACCUCACUCACACAAAGAAACACAACGCAAGCAUUGUUUCACGUCGGUUUUCUGCUCGGCCGUGGUAUCACUCCUAAAAGAUUAUAUAAAUAGAAGUAUUAGUGUGUGUGUGUGUGUUGAAGUGUAUAUUAGUGUUAUUAACGAGUGCCAAUGUGUGAGUAUGUAAAAAUAAGGAAUUAAACACAUCAUAUUUUCAAAGGAAGUAUUUAUUUCUAUCAUACCUAUCUACAGCGUUUAAAGCAAAAAUACUUUUGAAAGCAAAUCUACAUACAAACAGUGCCGGCGUAAGGGCCACUGAUACCCCGGGCGAAAAUAUUGUGGCGCCCACUUGAGGGAAGCAAUAUCAAGUGUUAGUUUUUUGCUGAAAAAAUAGUCAAAGUCAAAAUCAUUUAUUUCAAAUAGACCAGGAAGGCACUUUUGAACGUCAAAGCAAGUAUAAUAAUAUUAAUAACGUCUGUCUGUCGGUCAGUCCUCUAGUUGCUCUAUUUGCUCGUUCCAAAGUGUUGAUUCCUAUGGAGAAGAACGAGCAAGAAACUCCAUAGGUUACUCUUUUUCAAUCAGAUUUACAAUACAAUUCUUGGUUAAAUUGUUUCGAUUACUUCAACUAUGUGAGAACAAUGUAAA